AGGAAAAGCUGAAUGUGGGCAGAUAGAAGCAGAUUUUGCUCGAUGGCGAUCCACCAGCUGUGGGAAGAAGGCGGUGGUGGCGCACCGCUCCACCCAGGUGUCGCUGAGAGGAGGAGGAAGAGCAGCAUCAUCAUCAUCUGCAUCACCUCUUUCACCUGACAUGAUCUUCUCAUUUCCCUGGAGUUCAGGCAGCAGCAUCCUGCACUGAGGACUGAAGCACAGAGCCCAAGUCAAAGGUCAAGCAGUUAGAGGAACCAUCAACCCCAACCACUGCUCUAGAAACCGACACCAACCCCAACAUCAGCUCCUCCACCUCUGAAUCUCCAGUAAAGGCCGCCGCCUCCACCAACCCUGCCAACAUGGCCGACCUCUCUACGGACGACAGCAAGUUCCUCUUCCUGGAAAACGACUUCCGUAACAGCGGCGUGGCCCAGGCCGACUGGGCGGCCAAGAAGAUGGUGUGGGUCCCAUCAGAGAGAGAGGGAUUCGAACCUGCAAGCAUCAAGGAGGAGAAGGGAGAACAGGUUCUGGUGGAGCUCUCCAACGGACAGAAGGUGACAGUGAACAAAGAUGACAUCCAGAAGAUGAACCCGCCCAAGUUCAGCAAGGUGGAGGACAUGGCUGCGCUCACGUUCCUCAAUGAAGCGUCGGUCCUGCACAACCUGAGAGAGAGAUACUUCUCCAGCCUGAUCUACACGUACUCAGGUCUGUUCUGUGUGGUGGUGAAUCCCUACAAAAUGCUGCCAAUAUACUCAGAAAAGAUCAUCGAGAUGUACAAGGGCAAGAAACGCCACGAGGUGCCGCCGCACAUCUACUCCAUCACGGACAACGCCUACAGGAACAUGCUGCAGGAUCGUGAGGAUCAGUCGAUUCUCUGCACUGGCGAGUCCGGAGCCGGCAAAACAGAAAACACCAAGAAGGUGAUUCAGUACCUGGCUGUCGUUGCCUCGUCACAUAAAGGGAAGAAAGACGUCAACCCUGAAUCAGUUGCUGCAGCUGUGGCCAAGCAGCAGCAGUCAGGAUCUCUGGCUUAUGGGGAGCUAGAGAAGCAGCUGCUGCAGGCUAAUCCCAUCCUGGAGGCUUUUGGAAACGCCAAGACCAUCAAGAACGACAACUCCUCCCGAUUUGGGAAAUUCAUCAAACUAAACUUUGACGUGACCGGCUUCCUCGUUGGGGCGAACAUUGACACCUACCUGCUGGAGAAGUCGCGCUGCAUUCGUCAGGCCAACACAGAGAGAGCCUUCCACAUCUUCUACUACAUGGUGGCCGGAGCGAAAGACAAGAUGAGGGAGGAGCUGCUGCUGGAGGGCUUCAACAGCUACCGUUUCCUGGUAGCAGGCCACGUGGAGGUUCCCGGUCAGCAGGAUGACGAGCUUUUUGACGAAACUCUGGAAGCAAUGGCGAUUAUGGGCUUCACAGAGGAGGAGAGAUUAGGGAUGCUGAAGGUGGUCUCCACCGUCCUCCAGCUGGGAAACAUCAAGUUUGAGAAGGAGAGGAACAGUGAGCAGGCCACCAUGCCCGACAACACCGCGGCUCAGAAGGUGUGCCACCUGCAGGGCAUCAACGUGACCGACUUCACCCGCGCCAUCCUGACGCCCAGAAUCAAGGUGGGGCGGGAGGUGGUGCAGAAGGCCCAGACCAAGCAGCAGGUUGAUUUUGCAGUGGAGGCACUGGCCAAGGCCAUGUACGACCGCUUGUUCCGCUGGAUCCUCGCCAGAGUCAACAAGACGCUGGACAAGAGCAAGAGACAGUCGUCCUCCUUCCUGGGAAUCCUGGACAUCGCUGGCUUUGAGAUCUUUGAGGACAACUCGUUCGAGCAACUCUGCAUCAACUACACCAACGAGCGUCUGCAGCAGCUCUUCAACCACACCAUGUUCAUCCUGGAGCAGGAGGAGUACAAGAGGGAGGGCAUCGAGUGGAACUUCAUCGACUUCGGUCUGGACCUGCAGCCCUGCAUCGAGCUCAUCGAGAGGCCGAACAAUCCCCCUGGCAUCCUGGCGCUGCUGGAUGAGGAGUGCUGGUUCCCUAAAGCCACCGAUCAGUCAUUCGUGGACAAACUGCUGAACACCCACACUGGUCACGUGAAGUUCUCCAAACCCAAACAACACAAGGAUAAGCUGAUGUUCUCGGUGCUUCACUACGCUGGAAAGGUGGAUUACAACGCAGCCAACUGGCUGACCAAGAACAUGGAUCCUCUGAAUGACAACGUGACGGUUCUGCUCAACAACUCCUCCAGCGCCUUCAUCCAGGACCUCUGGAAAGACGGUCAGUCCUCCGAUCGCACACAUUCAGAUACCUCUAGAUGCUCUCUAUUGCCACGGUAACACCGUUCUGCAUCAUCCCCUGCAGUGGACCGUGUGGUGGGCCUGGACACCAUCACCAAGAUGUCAGAGAGUUCUGUUCCCAGCUCCACCAAGUCCAAGAAGGGGAUGUUUCGCACAGUGGGUCAGCUGUACAAGGAGUCUCUGGGGAAGCUGAUGACCACGCUGCACAACACGCAGCCCAACUUCGUCCGCUGCAUCAUUCCCAACCACGAGAAGAGGGCCGGGAAGAUGGACGCCCAACUGGUUCUGGAGCAGCUCAGGUGUAACGGCGUGCUGGAGGGCAUUCGGAUCUGCAGGCAGGGAUUUCCAAACCGCAUCGUUUUCCAGGAGUUCAGACAGAGGUAUGAGAUUCUGGCUGCCAACGCCAUCCCGAAGGGCUUCAUGGAUGGAAAGCAGGCCUGCUGUCUGAUGGUGAAGCACCUGGAUCUGGACCCGAACCUGUACCGUAUCGGUCAGAGUAAAAUGUUCUUCAGGACGGGAGUUCUGGCUCAGCUGGAGGAAGAGCGAGACCUCAAGCUGACCGUCGUCAUCAUCGCCUUCCAGGCGCAAGCACGAGGCUUUCUGGGGCGAAAAGCGUUUAGUAAACGUCAGCAGCAGCUGACAGCCAUGAAGGUCAUCCAGAGGAACUGCGCUUGCUACCUCAAACUGAAGAACUGGCAGUGGUGGAGGCUGUUCACCAAGGUGAAGCCAUUGCUGCAGGUGACCAGACAGGAAGAGGAAAUGGGCCAAAAGGAGGAGGAGCUAAAGGCGGUGCGCGAAGUGGCGGCUAAGACUGAAGCUGAGCUGAAGGAAAUCUCCCAGAAACACAUUCAGCUGGCUGAGGAGCGAGCCCAGCUGGAGCUGAAGCUGCAGGCCGAGACGGAGCUGUACGCCGAGGCGGAGGAGAUGCGCGGACGUCUGGAGGCCAAGAAGCAGGAGCUGGAGGAGGUGCUGCACGAGAUGGAGGCGCGUCUGGAGGAGGAGGAGGAACGCAGCGUCGCCCUGCAGCAGGAGAAGAAGGACAUGGAGCAGCAGCUGCAGCUGAUGGAGGCGCACAUCGCAGAGCAGGAAGACGCUCAGCAGAAGCUCCAGCUGGAGAAAACGGCGGCGGAGGGAAAAGUGAAGAAGAUGGAGGAGGACAUCAUGCUAAUGGAGGAUCAGAACAACAAGCUGCAGAAGGAGCGAAAGCUUCUGGAGGAGCGCUUGGCUGAUAUGAGCUCCAACCUGGCAGAGGAGGAGGAGAAGUCAAAGAAUCUGACCAAACUCAAGGCCAAACAUGAGUCCAUGAUCUCCGACCUGGAAGUUCGUAUGAAAAAGGAGGAGAAGGCUCGUCAGGAUGUGGAGAAGGCAAAGAAGAAGGUGGAUGCAGAGCUGGCCGACCUGCAGGAGCAAUACGCCGACCUGCAGGCACAGCUGGCCGAGCUACGAGCUCAGUUAGCGGCUAAAGAGGAGGAGCUCCAGGCUACACAGAGCCGUUUGGAGGAGGAGAGCACCCAGCGCGCAACGCUGGUUAAGAAGGUUCGUGAGUUGGAAGCGUUGCUGUCGGAGCUGCAGGAGGAUCUGGAGGCGGAGAGGGCGGCGCGGGGGAAGGCGGAGGCUGCGCGACGGGACCUCGGAGAGGAGCUGAAUGCACUGCGCUCCGAGCUGGAGGACAGCUUGGAUACCACCGCUGCUCAACAGGAGCUACGAGCAAAACGAGAGCAGGAAGUAGCAACGCUGAAGAAAGCUAUGGAAGACGAGGGGCGGAGCCACGAGGCCCAGGUCCAGGAACUUCGUCAGAAACACAGUCAGGCUGUGGAGGAGCUGACCGAGCAGCUGGAGCAAGCCAAAAGGGUGAGGGCCAGUCUGGAAAAAGCCAAACAAGCCCUGGAGAAAGAGUCGGCAGACUUGAGCACCGAGUUGAGAUCCCUCGCCAGCUCAAAGCAAGAUGUGGAGCACAAGAAGAAGAAGGUGGAGGCUCAGCUGAACGAUUUAAACUCCCGGUUCAACGAAAGCGAGCGGCAGAGGAAUGAGCUCGGGGAGCGAGUAUCGAAGCUGAAUAUGGAGCUGGAAAGUGUGGCCGGCCUGCUGAACGAAGCUGAGGGGAAGAACAUCAAGCUGAGUAAAGACGUCUCCAGCCUGUCCUCUCAGCUCCAGGACGCCCAGGAGCUCCUGUCUGAAGAAACCCGUCAGAAGCUGAAUGUGUCUGGACGGCUGCGUCAGAUGGAGGAGGACAGGAACGGCCUGAUGGAGCAGCUGGAGGAAGAGACGGAGGCCAAACGCACCGUAGAAAGACAGAUGUCCAGCCUCAACAUGCAGCUUUCUGACCACAGGAAGAAGCUGGAGGAGAUGUCGGCGACGGUGGAGCUGCUGGAGGAGGGGAAGAAGCGGCUGCAGCGCGACCUGGAGGCCGUCCACGGCGAGUACGAGGAGAAGGCGGCGGCCUACGACAAGCUGGAGAAGAGCCGCGGCCGGCUGCAGCAGGAGCUGGAGGACGUCCUAAUGGACCUGGACGCCCAGCGGCAGCUCGUCUCCAACCUGGAGAAGAAGCAGAAGAAGUUUGAUCAGAUGCUGGCCGAGGAGCGGUCGGUGUCGGCCCGCUUUGCGGAGGAGCGCGACCGGGCGGAGGCGGAGGCGAGGGAGAAGGAGACCCGGGUGCUGGCCCUGAGCCGGGCGCUGGAGGAGAAGCAGGCCGUCCUGGAGGAGGCCGAGAAGGCCGCCAAGGCCCUGCGGGCCGACAUGGAGGACCUCAUCAGCUCCAAGGACGACGCGGGGAAGAGCGUUCACGAGCUGGAGAAGGCCAAGCGCGGGCUGGAGGCCUUCGUGGAGGAGAUGAGGACGCAGAUGGAGGAGCUGGAAGACGAGCUGCAGGUGGCGGAGGACGCCAAGCUGCGUCUGGAGGUCAACAGCCAGGCGCUGCGGGCGCAGCAUGAGCGCGAGCUGCAGGCCCGAGACGAAAUGGGCGAGGAGAAGAGGAAGCAGCUCCUCCGUCAGGUGCGGGAGCUGGAGGCGGAGCUUGAGGAGGAGAGGAAGCAGCGAGGUCAGGCGUCCGGCGCCAGGAAGAAGCUUGAAGGUGAGCUGAAGGACAUGGAGGAGCAUCUGGACGCCACCAGCAGGGGGCGCGACGAGGCGCAGAAGCAGCUCCGCAAAGUCCAGGGGCAGAUGAAGGACCUCCAGAGGGAGCUGGACGACUCCAGAGCCGCCCAGAAGGAGGCGCUGUCCUCGGCCAGGGAGUCAGAGCGCAGAGCCAAGAUGGCAGAGGCGGAAAUCCUCCAGCUGCACGAGCUGCUGGCCGCGGCAGAGAGAGGCAGGAAGCAGGUGGAGACGGAGAGGGACGAGCUGUCCGAGGAGCUGGCCAGCAACUCCUCUGGGAGGUCGAUGCAGUCGGACGAAAAGCGCCGCCUGGAAACGAAGCUGUGUCAGCUGGAGGAGGAGCUGGAGGAGGAGCAGGCCAACAUGGAGAACCUGACCGAGCGUCUGAGGAAGAGCCAGCAGCUGGUGGAGCAGCUGGGGGCGGAGCUGGUGGCGGAGAGGGCGUCGUCUCAGAGCAGAGAGGGAAGCCGGCAGCAGCUGGAGAGGCAGAACCGGGAGCUGAAGGCCAAACUGCAGGAGGCGGAGAGCCAGAGCCGCUCCAGGCUGAAGGCCACUAGCGCCGCCCUGGAGGCCAAGCUGAGGGAGGCCGAGGAGCAGCUGGAGGCCGAGAGCAGGGAGCGUCAGGCCGCCGCCAAGAACCUGCGGCAGAAGGAGAAGAAGCUGAAGGACCUGAGCGUCCAGAUCGAGGACGAGAGGAAGCAGGCGCAGCAAUACAAGGACCAGAUGGAGAAGAGCGGCGUCCGGGUGAAGCAGCUGAAGCUCCAGCUGGAGGAGGCGGAGGAGGAGGCGCAGCGCGUGGUGGCCGCCCGCAGGAAGCUGCAGCGCGAGCUGGACGAGGCAGGCGAGGCCAACGACACCCUCAGCAGGGAGGUGGCGGCGCUCAGGAGCAAACUGAGGCGUGGCGGAGGGGAUCCGGCCUUCAACGCUUCUCGGAUCAGCGGCGGUGGCGGCGGGAUCAGGAGCGCCGCGGGUCUGAGCGGCGGUUCGACCCGGCGGGUCAAAGAAAACUCUCUGGAUCUGCAGGAAGAGGAACGUCCCUCUCCGUCUCCUCCCACAUGCUCCCCGGAUGAACGCGAUGAGGCGUACCCCUGCUGCCCUGACGAGUGAAACGACCCCACGCCUCAUUUAUUAUUAAAAUAUAUUUAUACACUUUUCAUUUCAAGAUAAUGUAGAUUCAUGUCAGCGUUGGAGUUUAGAAAAUAGAAAUUAUUCUAACCGGAGUAAAAAAUUUGUGACGCAAAAUGAGAAAAAGAUCAUUUGAAAUAUGCCAUAAUAUAUUUAUAGGUUGAUAAAGAAAGCAAAUAAAGAUAUUUUCUGAUUAUGAAUUAUCUAAAUUUAUUGGAAAUAAACACAUUUUAAAGUGUUAUAGUGGAGCUGAGUGUGUUUUUGCAGUAAUGGGGAUGUAAUUGUUCUGCCAGCAGAGGGUACAAUUGGUAGAACUUAACCAGAAUUUAAUACUUAAUAAACAUUUGAAAAAAACUCAAACUUAUAAUUUUGAUAAGUGGUGUCGAUUAAGUUUUUUGGGUCAUACAAUAAUCAGAGUACAUGAGAUGCUGAUUUUUAUAAAAAGUUAUGGGGGAGGAAAAAAUAAUAAUUUCAUGUUUUAUUCUAAAUUUCCUCAAUUUAAUGUAAAAUGGCAACUUUUUCUACUAAAUCUGCUACUUUAGUUCAUUUGCAAGAUUUUAAAGUGAAUCAAGACUAAAAUAAAAAAGAUGAGACGUUUCUGUCAGGCAUGAGUUUUAUUGCCUUUCUCAGAAACAUCAUAAGCAGCAGUGAAGGUAAAAAACAAAACAUCACAUUCAUCCUGUGUUAGUAAACAUACAGAAGAAUAAAACACGUUUUCUUCAGUGAAGCUUAGAUCCUGGAGCUGCAGAUUUCUUCUUCUUCUCUCCCGUUAAACUCAAUUAAAGUUGUAAAAAUAGUAACAGAUUUCUGGACGGAUCAAAGGUUCUGGUUCAGACUCAACAGGAAAACCUGCGAUAUUAAACUUUGGUUCAUCCUCUGAAUUAAUCAAGAACCUUUUUAUUCCAACUCUGUGCUGCACUUCAAAACAUUUUGCCACAUGAACUACAAGCCUCAGUGGGUUUUGUUGGGACUUUAUAAAACAGAACAACACAAAGUCUGAAAAGUGUGGUGUGCAUUUAUACAUUUAGGUAAAAUCCGGUCUAACCAGAAGUGGCCAUCAUCUGUGAAUAAUUAAUAUUUGUUCUAUGAGGAUUUCCCCAGCUUCAUGAAAACAAUCUGGAGAAAUUUAAAGCAAAACUAAAUGUUGACUCAGAGUUUGAAUAUAAAGGCGCAAAAAUGUGCAAACCAUAAAUUACACUGCAAAAAUGCUAAAUCUAGGCAAGUAUUUUGGCCUCGUUUCUAGGGAAAAUAUCUUAUUGCACUGGAAAUAAAACAAAACUAACUUAUAAUAAUAGGAGCUUGUUUUAAGUCAAUUCAUUAUUAUUGAUGGAGUUCUGGUUUCAUUGGCAGAUUAUUUCACUUAUUGUGUGGGAAAAUGUUUUUGUAAGUGAAAUAAUAUGUAGUAGUACAUAUUUAUGGAAAAACUAGCACUUUUUUCAUCAAUAUUAAUGAAUUAUUGACUUACAACAAGCCCAUACAUCUCGCUGAAACUCAGUUUACUAAGAUAUUUGCAUGAGAAACUAGACAAAAACUACUUGGUGAGAUUUUGUGUUUUGUCUUAAUUUAUAAAUAUGUCCUACUUUGUGCUGAUCUGAUCUUAUUAAAAUUCAUGUCGAUAUGAAUCAAACUGCAGUAAUACCUUUGCGCGGCUCAUUGUAGAUUAUUUUUCCUGCCUGACUCGUCUCAUUCAGCUCAACACUCGAUCCUUCAGGGUGCCAAUAAAAACUCACUAACAGGAUCUUCCUCUGGAAAACAGUGUCUGCUUAUUUAAAACAUCUAUGAUUGUUUUUGUAAUUUCUCGUAAAAUAGGCGCUUUGUUGCUCCAUCAGCAGAAUCGGAUUUUGUUUAAUUUUUAAUAAAACUGCAUCUUUUUCAGUUUCCUUCUAAAAAUCCCAAUAAAUAUGACUCUGAAUCAAAUCCGUUUUAAAGUAAAUAAUACCUUAAUAUUGAUAAAAAAAAGUUCUAGCUCCGCUGGCAAAUUAUUUCACUUACAUCAAGACAGUUUUCUCCAGUUAAAAUUGAAAUAAUCUGUGAUUGGAAAUAGUUAUUUUUCCAUCAAUAUCAAGAAAUCAGACUUCAAACAAGCUCCUUUAUCUUGCUAAAAAGCUACUUGUAAGUUUAGUUUGUCUUAUUUCGAGUGCACUAAGAUAUUUGCACUAGAUCAAAAUCAAAAACUACUUUGUGUGUUUUUGCAGUGCAGCAGCUCUGUAACUGAAACCCGACCCUGAAAAGGGGAACGUUUGCCUCGGGCGGUUCGGCCCGUUUGUGUUGUUCUGUGGACAGUGGAGGGCGUGGAGCUGAAGGUUCACGGCGCUUUGCGGACGGGAGCGCCGAGACGAUGUGAAACUUUUCGGACGGUGUGAAACUGGAAGCUCUGCUGUCAUAUUUCAGAGUUUAAAGGGUGAAUUCAUUUGUUUAUAACACAAACGGCUCAAACAUGAAGGCUUUAAUCGUUUAGUCUAGGUUUUAACUAUAAUCUAAACUAUUGUUAUGCUCCAAUUUCCCCUUCAAAAGUACGAUGUGCAUCAGAAAAGAAGCAUUUUAUUUUCUUUUGUCCAGUGUCUGCUUUACCAGUUUCCACAAACUGGGAACUUCAGGAUGGUUCUACAUCCUGUUGUGGCCAAAUUAGCUAAAUUUCCUCCGAGUCUUUGUGCUUCCUAAUACACUAAACAUCAACAUCCGUUACAAAUCUUUACAGUAAAUAAUUCACACAUUCACAGUCAAGGAAAAAUGUCUAUACUACCUAUAGGUUUUACACAGCAAGUAUUUAUAAUCUUUUUUAAAGUGUAUUUCUCGCUACUGAAAAGUGCUUGACCAGAGAAAAGGUGGGAAUCACCAUGGCAACCAGAGAAAAGGUGGGAAUCACCAUGGCAACCAGAGAAAAGGUGGGAAUCAUGGUAGUGAGUAUAGAGAGCCCGGAGGAAUUUAACAUGACAGUUACAAGAAAAUAAAAUUAAGAUGGUUGAAAUCAGCCAAUCACAGAUUGGGAUACUAUUUGAGAUGUGCCUUAAAAAAGUGCCUGGUAAAUGUUGCUAUGGCAACUGGACAAAGAAAAGGUGGUCAUUAAAAUCACCACAGCAACCAUUAAAAUGAGGGAAACACUAUCUUAUUUAAGACACCUUUAAACGUGUAUUAUUUUCUCCCGUUACACCAGAUUCAAAAAAGGAAAAAUGGGAAAAUUACCAUGGCAACUAGGACAAAAAA